CCAAGUCUUAAUUCCAAAAGAAUUUGGGAUCGGCUAACAUGAAUCGACCUAUGACACUAGUAGUAUUACAUCUUGGUUCCGUCCCUGCGCCAUAGUUACGGUGUGGUGACUCUCUAGAUGAAAAGAAAUUUUUAUGUAAUUGAUAAAACCUAGGGACUGAAAAUAUUAUAAAAGGAAAAUGCACUCCAUCCUUCUUUUUUCAAUCCCAAAAACAUAUUUGUUCCAUUCUUUCAAGUCCACCUUAAACCUUUGAAGUUUAAGAUAAGAAGCAUAAGAGAGUGAUCUGAUGAAGUUCUCACAAGGUGCUGCUGAGAAAAAAAUCAAAAUUAUCCAGAAAAGCAUCAUUAGCAACCAUUCUAUGCAGUCUUCUCCAGAGCCUCCCCCGAGAUCUCACUCCUGUCCAGGAUCUUUCUCCAUAUUCUGCUCAAUAAUCUUGACAUGAUUGACAAUAGGUUGAAGAAUACUAUGCCAUUCUUCCUUGGAUAAACUGGAAUUAUCUUCAGAUCAGCUGCAUAAGCCAUUCCAUCCACCAAUGCUCUUACUUCAGUGUCCAUGUUAUCCAAUUGAGGGAUAGGGGAUUCCUGACUUGUGGGAGCCACCACAUCAGUAUUCUGAGGGACUAUCACCUCCACAGCUGCAUUAUGAGGGUUCACAGUUUCACCAUUGCUUUGAGGAUCAAGAGUAAUAAUCUCCUUGGAGAUGACAGAUCCCUGAGGAUCAGGAGCUAGCUGUGAAUCUACUUGUACUUUUUGCUUUUGUUUUUUAUCCUGCUUGUUCUGUUGAUCUUGUUUCUGCUUUGGAACCCACUCUUUCUCCUUAAUAGGUACUGUAAUGGUCUUUUCUGGAGGGGAGUUUUUGCAAUUAGAAUGCCCAAUUUUUAGGCAUUCUAUGCAAUAUUUUGGCAUGUUCUCAUACGUAACAGUUUGUGCGAAACCAAUAUCACCAUUUUGAAGCCAAAUCUUGUGAGGUAAUUCUUUAGUAAGAUCAACCUCAAUACAGACUCUCGCAACUGAGGGUCUGGUCAGAUUGGUUGUAGCUGCAUCAGAUUUUAGGGGCUUAUCAAUGAGAUUUGCAAUAGAAAAAAGAGCUCGUUUGUCAAAUAAGUGUAGAGGAAGUCCCUCAAAUGCUAUCCAAACUGGAACAAUUGGGGACUCAACAUCAGAUCUGAAUUGUGGUGUCCAUUUAGAAACCAACAUCAAAUAACCUUGAAUAGACCAAGUGCGUCUCAACCAACAUCUUUGGAAGUCAUCCUCAUAUUGAAAACAUAGAAGAACAUGUCUAUGAGCCAGAAGGCCUAAGUGAAAUGAAUGCGUAAAACCAAUUGAUUCUAAAGCUUUUCGAACCACAUCCAAUUUAGGUCUACCUUUAGUAAAAGAACCAACCAAGGUAAAAUUGUGCUUACGAGCCAAAAUAUCAACCUCUUCUUUGGAGAAUUCAACCGAUGGCAUUCCUUUGAAUCUGGAAGGUUGCUUGAUUGAAAUCUCCUCCUUUUGAGCACCAACUAGAACUGAUGCAAAGGAACGGACAAUAGAAGGAUCCGGCGGCUUGGCCGCCGCUGGUUUGUCGAUCAUGAGCAGUGCGCCGUCAGGGUUUUCCUCAAGCCAUCGAAUGUGAAUAUUGGCCUUAAAAAGUGAAUAAUAUCGAAUGUUUGAUAUUAUUCACUUUUUAACGCCAAUAUAUAUUGCAAUGAAAGCAUGUAUUUAAAUUUGAAUUUUGCUAAACAACAUUACAUAUUAAUAUGAGGAAUCGAAUGUUUGAUUUUCUUCCCUUUUUAAUGCCAAUGUUGCAGUGAAAGCAUGUUUUUAAAUUUGAAUUUUGCUCAGAUGGGCAAUUGCUCAUUAUUGGUACAUGUUUUGGAUGAUAUUAUUACACCGAAAAGCAUAUAAAAUGGAAUGCAAAUCUAUAUCAUGUGAUGCCAUCAUUGCUAAAUAUUCCUCUAGCACAAAUACAAACUAUAAAUAUAAAGAAUGAAAUCUCCCCAAGAAAAACCUUAAGAUCUCAUUUGCUCCGUAGUUUAAAAUUGUUUUUUUUUUCGGUAAAAAGUUUAAAAUUAGUUAGUUACACAAAUUUUGAUAAAAACAUUGGGGAGCUUUAAUAUAUUGUACGUUAUCCAUCAACUUCAUUCCUAUUUCUUUUUCUGAAAAAAUAGGUUCCUCACAUGUUGAAGAAACAAUAUGGUAUCUAUCAACAUUGACACAUGUUAAUAUGAUGGUGCGGUGUUAAGAUGGUGCGGUGGUGUGUUUAUUAAAAAAUUGAGUUUUUGUGAUUGAUACGAAUCUAUUUAGUAACAAUAAACUAAGAAUGAUCUGUAAUCACAAAUUUUAUCAAAUUGAUAUAUGACAAUGGACGGAUCGAAAAGAAAGAUGAGAUCAUCUUAAUAGAACAUUUUUAGGCAUAUUUAUUUUACCUUAGACUCUUGAUACCAUGUGAGAAUUUGAGAAAAGAUACUUCAAUAAGAGUCCUAUCCGGAAUAUUUAUUAUAAUAAGAGAGUUUGAAACAUACUAGGAAACAAAUAUGCUUAAUAAUGUUCUAUUAAAACUCACCGAAAAUGGACGCUGCAAAAUAAAAAAUAAGGGUGUACACUUUAAUAUUCCAUAUGUCACAUUCAAUGAUUCUCACUUUUUAUUUUUGGACGUCCUGCUAAAGGUUAAUGUUUUCUAUUUUUGGAAAUAAUUAGCACGCUUAAAUAAUAAUUUAAUCAUAACAAUUUUACUCACGCUUAAAUAAUACAUCUAUAAUAUUAAAGUUAUCAUCAAUAACUCAUAUAUUAUACAUUAUAAAAACUUUUACACAAAUAUACUCGAAUUAGAAUAUUUUAUUAUUGUCUAAGUAAUCAUUUCAUUUUGAAAUGAAACAGUACAAGAGAGUAUUGUGAUUUGUCUUAUUCAUCCAAGAGCACAAAGAGAAUUUGUUUUAUACGAAGUAUAUUUCUUCUUUAAUUUAUGAACUGGAUGCCCAAACUUAAAAAAGUGAAUACUGUUAUUCGGCGGUUCCAAACAUUUUAAAAAGAAAACAACUUCUUUUUAUUAACUGCCAUUGUGCCCUCGAUCGCCAACGACAAAUCCAAAAAGUGUUCAUCCUCCAUUGUUUCUUCUCUGCCUAUUGGAAGCUAAUAUCAAAAUUUUCCUUUAUUCGGUCUGAAACAACGACGAAUCUCCAACAUUAAAAAAAAUCUUCCAUUUUUUGGUUUCCUGAUCGAAUCGGCAAAUCUGUUCGGGGAAAAGCAAACCCCGUAAUAAAACCGAAUAGCCUUAUCCUUCUUCUCAUCGGUAGCAGCGGACUAGAAAGCACAUUCGAGUUUAUAUAUUUUCUAUUCUCUAAUUCAUUCAACCAUAGCAAUGGACGAAAAGUCCAAGCCCCCUGCUCCGUCAAUUUGGGAAGACAUCAAAUAAAUUUUCUGGACUGUUGGAGUUACUUUGGGAUAUGUUUGCCAUCUGAGCUGAUCAAAGGAGGCAUUCAAGACUUUUAAUGGAUGCUUUCGCAAAUGAGUUUCCAUAAGAUUACUAACUGCACAUUUUUUAGUAGAGAUGAUUUUAUCUGCACUGUUGACUUCUGCUGGAAUAAACACAGCAGUCUGUGUCGCUUGCUUCUUUCUGUACUCAGUUUUAAGGAAGCAACCGAGUCUCGUAAAUGUCUACUUCGGACAGAAGCUGUCACAUGUCCAUCUUAAACGACAUGAUCCCUUCUGUUUUGAACGGUUUGUUCCUUCUCCUAGUUGGAUUCUCAAGGCUUGGGAGACCUCUGAUGAAGAAAUGCAUGCUGUUGGAGGGUUAGAUGCUCUUGUCUUUGAUCGUACGAUGGUUUUCAGUAUCCGGAUAUUCUCCAUUGCUGCUAUAGUGUGCCUUUUCCUUGUGCUGCCACUGAAUUAUUUAGGACAGGAAAUAAAGCACAAGCUGACUCCCGGGGAGUCAUUGGAGAUUUUCACCAUUGAAAAUGUCAAGGAAGGGUCUAAGUGGCUUUGGGCACAUUGUCUUGCAUUGUACAUUAUUACCUGCUCUACUUGCAUUCUUCUUUACUUUGAGUACAAGUAUAUCACGAGGAUGAGGUUGGCAUACAUUAAAUCAUCUAUAUCCAAUCCAAGUUAUUUCACCGUUCUGGUUCGUGGGGUCCCAUGGUCUGAACAAGAAGCAUACAGUGAGAUGGUUGCAAAAUUCUUCACAGAUUAUUAUGCAUCAAGUUAUUUGUCUCACCAAAUCGUAUACCGGUCUGGUGUUGUUCAGAAACUAGUGACUGAUGCAGAAAAAGUGUACAGGAUGCUAAAACCUGGACAGCAUGGGUCUAGUCUCUUGAGGUGUGGAAUCUGUGGAGGAAAGUCAGCAUCUUUUAAGGUUCUUUCUACCGAUUCAGAAAUCGAUAAAGAAAGGAGGGAUUUAAAUGGUCCCAAUUUGAGAGAUCAGGAAUGUGCAGCUGCCUUAGUAUUUUUCAGAACACGGUAUGCAGCUUUGGUUGCUUCACAGGGAAUUAAAUCUCCAAAUCCAAUGUUAUGGGUGACGGAUCUUGCCCCAGAACCAAGAGACAUGUACUGGUCAAACAUUUGUGUGCCUUAUAGGCUUCUUUGGAUCCGUAAAAUAAUUAUUCUAAUGGCUUCCAUUUUUUUCGUCGCCUUCUUCCUCGUUCCGGUUUCCCUAACCCAAGGUCUCGUCCACCUUGACAAGCUUCAACACACAUUUCCGUUCUUGAGAGGAGCCUUGAAGAGGAAGUUCAUCAUUCAACUCGUGACUGGAUAUCUACCCAGUGUUGUCUUAAUACUAUUUUCUUACCUUGUCCCACCAUUAAUGAUGCUGUUCUCCACAAUGGAGGGCUCCAUUUCCCGAAGCGGGAGAAAGAAGAGCGCGUGCAUUAAGAUCUUGUACUUUAUGGUUUGGAACGUGUUCUUUGCGCAGACGAUUUCGGGGUCGGUCAUUGAUGGGUGGAGUGCGAUCGAUCAAUUGGGUAAAAAUUUAAAAGACAUUCCUAACCUCCUUGCCAGGGCAGUGCCUUCCACGGCUACUUUCUUCAUAACUUAUGUUUUGACUUCGGGGUGGGCCAGUCUGUUCUGUGAGCUCAUGCAACCGUUUGGGAUUCUUUGCAACCUUUUCUAUAGGUUUGUUCUGUGGAACAAAGACGAGUCAACUUAUGGAACAAUGACAUUUCCCUAUCACACUGAAUUCCCAAGGGUCCUCCUCCUGGGGCUUCUGGGGUACACCUGUUCCAUUCUUGCCCCUCUGAUUUUGCCCCCAUUGCUGGUUUACUUCUCCCUUGCAUACAUUGUGUACCGCAAUCAGAUUUUGAAUGUAUACGUGACAAAAUACCAGACGGGGGGACGCUAUUGGAUCAUUGUGCACAAGGCAACAAUGUUCUCGGUUGUGCUGACACAGAUAAUAGCAUUGGGAGUGUUUGGACUGAAAAAGUCAACCGUUGCAACUGGCUUCACCAUUCCAUUGAUAAUCUGCACGCUGCUUUUCAAUGAGUACUGCCGGCAGAGGUUCCAUCCGGUGUUCAGAAACAACCCCGCGCAGGUGCUUGUUGAAAUGGACCGGGCGGAUGAACAGAACGGGCGGAUGAAAGAGAUCUAUCAGAAGGUGACGUCUGCUUACUGUCAGUUCAGAAGAACUUCGCUAACGCUAGGCAAUCCCGUACCACUGAAUCCCAAAGAGAAAAACAUGCUUCAAGAAUUAGAAGACGAUGUUAAUCCAGCUGCAAUGAAACCUGGUCAACUUCCGGGAUCUUGGAAUGGGCACACACAGUUAGAGAUCGUAGAGGAUUUGCCAAACGAGUAGUGAGUGUUAAUGUUGUACGUAUGUUUGUUGAAGAGAAGGGCCCAAGCAGCUGCUGCAAAAUGUACACAUGGAGAAAGUAUCCCGGUAUCCAAGAUGAAUGUCAAGGGGCUUGCUGAUUUGAAGAAGAAGUCCUCCAAAAUUCCGAAGGGGACGGAUGCGGGCAUCCAGAAGCCCACCGGUGAUUUUUUCAAGAAGUCUGAGGGCCCGUCGACGGUCCCUACUGCUGAUGCCGCCGCCGCCGCGAAGAGGAAGGCCACGGGCAAGGCUUCCGAGGGGAAGAAGCCCAAAAAAGGAUAUACCGGGAAGAAGGAUCCUCCUGUGGUGAUUGUAGAUGAGCGCUCCGCCUCCGGGACGCAUGUGGAGAUGUCGACGGCUGAAAUGCCGAUGGGUAUUGGGGAGCCACCCUCCGAGGUUCUGCAGGUUUCUCUCCCGAGGGGAACAGCCGUGAUGAACUGCACGGUGGAUCCAAGGGUGCUCCUGAGGGGCAUGACCCCUGAUAUUGACAGAGCCGCCCUCGGGGCCGAUGAUGAUGUGGCCCUCGAGGACAAGAUCCUCCGGUCUUCCCUCACUGCUUGCAUUGCCCUCGGCGAGCAGGCCCGGAGGCUGGAGGAGUGGCGCCUGCGCAAGGCUGAGCAGGACGCGAAGAUGAAGGAACUCGUUGAUCAGAACUCUGAUGCCAUCAGGCAAAUGGCCACGCUGGAGGAGAGCAUUCGGCAGAUGACGCUGCGAGCGGAGGCAGUUGACCGGGGCAAGGCCGAGGCUGAGAGGUCCGCAGCUGAAGCCAUCGAGAAGGCCGCCAAGGAGGCCGAGGCCGCCAAGGCGGAAGCCGUUGCCAAGGCACGGGAGGAGGCCAUCUCCGGAUUCCUGGCAGAGGGGUGGAAA